GGCUCAACAGGAUCACUGCUUUUGAACUCGCGGCUGGCACCGGCCGGCUUUGGGCAUCAUGAUGGGGCGAGUUCAAAUCAAAGAAGGGGAGAUGACGAAGACAAUCUACUCCCACAUCAUGGAGCAGAAAUAUGACAAAGCGGUAAAAAUCUUGACUCAGCAGCUGCAGUUCUUCCCGGAGAGUCGCUGUGCUUUGUCCCUGCUGGGCUAUUGUUACUACCACAUGCAGGACUUUGCAAAUGCGGCAGACACCUACGGGCAGCUGGUGCAAGUAGUGCCGGACGUCGAUGAGUACAAGAUCUACCAUGUGCAGAGUCUGAUCAAGGCCGGCUUGUAUGAAGAGGCAUCACAGGCCUGCACUGGAGUGGAAUCUCCAGAGUACACAGAGAGAGUGCUGAUGCUCCAGGUGGGUGGGGAUCUUGAUGAUGAGAAAUGUGAUGGCCCUUUGAAAGGAGUCCUUUAUGGCUCUUAGGGGCGAUCUUGUUCAGCGAUUUGUGACACUUGUGGCACACCCCCUUGAGGCAACUAUUUCCUACGAGCAGGAGGAGACACAACUCGCCCGCAGCAUUUUGGAUCAAUGCCACCCUGGGUCUGAAGAGAGACAAGUCUUUGAAGGUGCACUUCUUUGGAAAGAGAAGAGGUACACUGAAGCUAUGAAGCUCUUCAAUGAUGCGACCCAAACCACAGGCUACCAAGCCAGCCUUGCGUACAAUGUGGCUUUGUGCUACUACAGCUCCAAGCAGUACGGGCCAGCCUUGAAACACAUCGCUGAGAUCAUUGAGCGGGGCGUACGGGAUCAUCCAGAGUUGAGUGUGGGAGCCUUGUCCGAAGGUGACUUGAAAGCGCGGAGCGUAGGCAACACCUCAGUCCUCAGGGAGACUGCCUUGAUCGAAGCCUUCAAUCUGAAAUCGGCAAUUGAGUACAUGACGAAGAACAUGGAAGCCGCGAAGGACGCGCUGGCGGACAUGCCCCCGCGUGAUGAAUCGGAGCUGGAUCCUGUGACCUUGCACAAUCAGGCGUUGAUCGAAAUGGACGAAAAGCCUACCGAAGGUUUCAGAAAGCUGAACUUCCUGCUGAACCAGCAGCCUUCUCCGCCAGAAACUUUUGUCAACUUGCUCCUGCUUUAUUGCAAGUACAGCUACUACGACCUUGCAGCCGACAUCCUUGCAGAAAAUGCCGAGCUGACAUACAAGAACAUGAAGCCCGAAGACUAUGAGUUCUUGGACGCUCUCAUCUUGGGCCAGUCCUCGCCAGAGGAGGCAUACCGGCGCUUCGAUGAGCUUUCUGCGAAGCAUGUAGAGAUGCUCCGGAAAGGCACCAAGAACAUUCAGGAUGCUCGUAGACAACGUGACCAGGGACUUGUGAAGAAGUACCUGUCGGAGUUUGAUGAAGCUUUGGCCAAGUACAUCCCUGUGCUGAUGGGUCAAGCCAAAAUCUAUUGGGAGCUUGAGAACUAUUCCAUGGUAGAGAAGAUUUUUCGACAGUCUGCCGAGUUUUGUAGCGAAGACGAGUCCUGGAAGUUGAAUGUUGCCCACAUUUUCUUCAUGCAGGAGAAAUUCAAGGAGUGCAUUCGCUACUAUGAACCCUUUGUCCGGAAACACAAUGAUGACUUGCUCAAUGUCACAGCAAUCAUCCUCGCAAACCUUUGCGUGGCAUAUGUUAUGACGUCGGCCAAUGAAGAAGCUGAAGAGCUCAUGCGGCUGGUGGAGAGGGAGGAAGAGAAGGUGAAGGAUCCUACGAAACCCGUCUACCAUCUUUGCAUCAUUAAUCUGGUCAUCGGCACCUUGUAUUGUACCAAAGGCAACUUCGAAUUCGGAAUUAGCAGAAUUAUCAAGUCUUUGGAGCCAUACGACAAAAAGAUUGGGGUAGACACCUGGUACUACGCUAAGAGGUGUAUGCUGGCACUGGCAGAGACCUUGGCCAAGAACAUGGUGGUGCUCAACGAUGAGGUGUUCGAUGAUAUCAUUGCCUUCUUAGAUUCGGCUGAUCAAGUUGGGAAGAACAUUGGGACCACCAUCAACGUUGUCGAGGCGGCCAAUGAGGAUGCCGCAUCCAAGCGGACGGUGAGCCAGGAAGCCCGGAUGAUCAAGCGAUUCUUCCUGAAACUCAGAGACUAAAGAGAAAGGCAAUCAUCGGUAUUGUCAGAACUUCGGCCCUUUUAUGCAGGGUGCAAGAUGUGAGCCUAAUAGGUACAGCCUAGGUAUGUUUGGAGGUCGCGGUAUCGUGCAUGGAUCCGUUUCACACAGUGCAUGUAUUUUACAGGUCUCACUGCAGUAAGGCUAGGAAAUGGACUCGGCGGCUAAUGCGCUCGCUGUGCAUGGCCACAAAAAGGGUCUUUUGCUGUGAUCAAGUGUCGCGUAAUGCAGCGAGUGGUCAUGGUCCUGAUGGUCACCACUCCCUUCUUCCCUGGCCCCUCUUUUGAGCAGACAGGUUUGGCAUUGUAUGUCUAGAAUCAUGGUUACUGCUUCAAGCUGAAGUCGGUUUACAGUUUUCCACGAAGGACGUAUGUAGUUGCGUCAUUCAUCCCAACCCUGCGAGGCGACAGGAGGCCCGGCAGGAGCCACAACCGCAGCCACAACCAGAGCAGC